AAAAUUAUGGUUGAAUUGUUUACAUUCAAAUCGAAAUUACAGCUCUCGCUAAAUUAGACAUUAUUCCGAUUUUGUGAGGUCACCAAUUGAACAAAGAAAAAUAGCUAGGUGCGAAAAACAAAGAUAAGGGAAUACAGGGAACCAAGAAUAUAAAAUAGAGUUUAAUGUCCUUGAAGUAGAGUUCAAGAUUUCGCUACGAUUAUCUACGACCUCCUCGAGAAGUUUGAACUUUGAAGAUCACAUAUGUAAACCUUCGUUACAAUCAACUGAUCUUUGUACUGGCUCCAGCUUUUUUGUUUGGGUGACCAAAAAAUGAACCACUCUAUGGAGAGCACGUGUCUCCGCUGGCACAUGACCUACAACCACGUGAAAAGCCCCGCCCACACGUUAUGCGUACUCGUCACAAGUAUCUUAAACGGUGUACUUGCGCUACCCGCUGUCUUCUUAAACAGCAUCGUCAUAGCAGCCAUCUUAAAGACGCGCCAUCUGAGAACGCCGUCAAAUUUCCUCCUUUUUAACAUGGCUAUCACUGAUUGUGUCAUCGGAUUGCUGCUACAACCGCUGUACAUAGUAGCGCGGGUGCUAGAGCAGAAAGACCUCAAAAACGUCUACUGCCAUAUUGGAAUUCUUGCCAAUUACUUGACGAACACUUUACCUCUGGCUCUUAUGCUGACGCUGACCGCGAUGUCCAUUGAUAGGUUUCUCGCGAUUAAACUUAUGCUGCGAUAUCGCUCCUCCGUGACGUCAUCCCGAGUGCUAUCGCUACUUAUUGCCCUUUGGUCGGUUGUCUUGCUAUGGGGGCUCAGUCCUAUUGGGGUUUACCGUGAGACAUUUAUUGCUUUUCUCGCAGUGGUGUUCUCGCUUUGCCUCUUUGUCACGUUCACGGCGUAUUGGCGCGCGUUUCGAGGGUUACGCGUUCAUCAAGCGCGUGUGACUCCCAUAAAUCCAGACACAAACGAAGCUGCAGUCUGCAUCAACGUUAGGAAGUACCACCGCUCAUUUACCACCAUGUUCUGUGUAUUCCUUCUUCAGCUGAUUUUCUACAUACCGGACAUCUGCUGCAAGAUCCUCCAGCUUACAUACGGGGCAUCAGCUGCGUUGUCCGUUGCCAUAGUAGUAGCUGACACUUUCGUGUUUUUGAAUGCGACGGCGAAUCCAUUGUUUUACUUUUGGAGGCUGAGAGACGUGCGUCGCGCAAGUGUUCGGGUCUUAAAAACAUGUGCUGUGUUCAAAAAGCCAACCUAGUGACUGAGCUGUAUAAAGUGCAAAGUCGCUGUGAAAAGCUGCACUGUAAUCAUCCAAAGGGGUGAAUAAACAGAGCUACCUUAUUUCAUUCCUUUCGAAACGGCGUAAUGUUGUUACAAUAAAGUUGCCUAGGGGAAAAAAAAA